UUCUUUUAUUUAGGUCGUGAAUGCAACACCACAGUUCAGUUGCCCUUUCUUUCAAUUUCAUCGACACGUUCAGGUUGCACGAGUCAGACUUGUUUUCUCUCUGUCUCGCGCUCUCCAUCGGAGAAGAGGAAAAUCCCACUUUUUGUCCGUUACGGGAACGCAACAGCAUCCAUGGAAACGCCUGCUAGCUUCCACACAAGCUACAUGUUUCGUCUUUCCAUGUUUUUUCUGCCUCGUGGCGUGACGCUCGUUUGAGUGUUUUCCCUUUUUCUCCAGUAGUGAUGAGUGGAACUGUCGAUGCGCGAGCGAGGGACGAGCAGACCAAGAGGAUCCAGGAGAGCAUCGGCAAUGUGGAGAAGCACUUCGGCGACUUGUGUAACAUGUUCGGCAACUACGCCCGCAAAGUCGCCAAGCUGCGCGACAAGGCCGACGUCCUGGUGCGAGGGGUCGCCGACUACGCCGACACCGAGACGCCGAGCCUCAAGAAAGGCGUGAAGCAGUUCGCCGAACAGCUGGCGAAGAUCCAGGACUACCGGCAGGCGGAGGUGGAGCGACUUGAGGCCAAAGUGAUCAAGCCGCUGAAAGGUUACAGCGCGGUGGUCCAGCGUAAACGGGAGGACGUGAAGGCUGCCGAGUGCGCCAGGACGCGAGGCUCCAAGCAGAUGCUGCAGCUGGAACGCACUCGCCAACGCAACCCGGCCGACCGACAAGUCAUCGUAUCCUUUACUCUCGUUUGCUACCGGCAGACAGCAAGCACAAAAAAUAGCGCUGUUGCUGAGAGCGAGUUGCAGCGGGCCACCAUUGACGAGGCGCGGACCACGCGCCAGCUGGAAGAGACCAUCGAUGACUUUGAGAAGCAGAAGAUUCGAGACAUCAAGAGGAUCAUGUGUGACUUUGCCAGCGUGGAGAUGUCCUUCCACGCCAAAGCCUUGGAGCUCUUGACGCUGGCCUACCAGAGCAUCCACAGCGUAGACGAGGACGACGACUUGGAGGUGUUCAGGAGCUCGCUGCACCCGCCCGACUACCCGGCGCGCUUAGACAUCGUGCGCGCCAACUCUUUGGACGGGACCGCCUCCUCCUUCCUGACGCCGUCGGCGGCCUUCCAGCAACAGAGAGCCUCCGGACGGCAGGACGAAGACGAGGAAGAGGAAGAAUCUGAAGAAGAAGAAGAAGAAGAAGAGGAGGUGGAGGAGUCUGAUGACGAAACUCGAUGACGGGCAUGGCUUUCUCUCAUCAUUAUACACGCAUAUAUAUGACCAUAUACUGUACAUGUGUACUAAUAUACGUACACUAUACAGUAUUCACUCACGUAUCAGUAAAUAGACCAAGAUAAUAGAUAGCUAUUGUUGACGAUGAUGUUGACAUCCAGGCAUUCAUGUACAACCCCAAUUCCAAUGAAGCUGGGACGUUGUGUUAAACAUAAAUAAAAACAGAGUAAAAUGAUUUGCAAAUCAUGCUCAACUUGUAUUUUAGUGAAUACACUACAAAGACCAGAUAUUUAAUGUUCAAACUGAUCAACUUUAUUGUUUUUAGCAAAUAAUCAUGAACUUAGAAUUUGAUGGCUGCAACACGUUCCCAAAAAGCUGCGACAGGCUCAUGUUUACCACUGUGUUAUGUCACCUUUUCUUUGAACAACAUUCAAUAAACGUUUGGGAACUGAGGACACGAAUUGUUGAAGCUUUGUAGGUGGAAUUCUUGCCCAUUCUUGCUCGAUGUACAGCUUCAGCCGUUCAACAGUCCGGGGUCGCCGUUGUCGUAUUUUACGCUUCAUAACGCGCCACACGUUUUCAAUGGGAGGCAGGUCUGGACUGCAGGCGGGCCAGUCUAGUACCCGCACUCUUUUACUACGACGCCACGCUGUUGUAACACGUGCAGAAUGUGGUUUGGCAUUGACUUGCUAAAAUAAGCAGCAGCAUCCAUCAGAAUCAGAAUCCUCUUUAUUUGCCAAGUAUGUCCAAAACACACAAGGAAUUUGUCUCCGGGAGUUGGAGCCGCUCAAGUACGAGAACGGACAUUCAAUUGACAGAGAACACUUUGGAGACAUAAAGACAUUGACAAAAAACAAUUGUGCAAAAAGAUGCAGAGUCCUCUAGCAGUUCGAAUGACUAAUAUUGCAAUGAGCAUUGUGCAAAGGGCGCCGAGACUUCAAGGAGUGUAUGGGGUUUAAAGUGACGAGUCGUGCGAUCAUCUGGGACAAUGCUGGUUGUGCAAAUGUUACAGAUACUCCUCAAUCAGUGUGCAAAUGGAGCAGAUGCUACUCUGGCACGAGUGGCCAGUAUAUGCAAAUAGUGCAGCGUGGCUGGCGAGACAACGACAGUGAGUGCACGAGUCAUACAUCAUUGGCCCCACAGAAAUGUGACAACGAACUCAAGUCAAAAAAUUGCCAGCUUGUUGUAAUGGAAUUGUAGGUUAAGAGUUUAAGAAGUUGAUCGCAUGAGGGAAGAAGCUGUCGGAAUGUCUACUAGUUCUAGUUUGCAUUGAUCGGUAGCGUCUACCUGAGGGAAGGAGCCGGUGACCGGGGUGCGGAGGGUCCGAGAGGAUUGUCUUAGUUCUGGCAGCGUGCAAGUCCUCAAUGGUGGGUAAGGUGGGUACCAACAAUCCUUUCAGCAGUUUUGAUUGUCCGUUGCAGUCGGAGUUUGUCCUUUUUUGUAGCAGCACCAAACCAGACUGUGAUGGAAGAACACAGGACCGAUUCGAUGACCGCUGUGUAGAACUGUCUCAGCAGCUCCGGUGGCAGGCCGUCCUUUCUCAGAAGCCGCAGGAAGUACAUCCUCUGCUGGGCCUUUUGAGGACGGAGUUGAUGUUGGUCACACAACACAAGGUCGUGACACAAGGCAGCUGGACAAUGUGAGGGGCAGCUGUGGCGAAGGAUCAUCUCUACAGUCUUGAACGAUCAUCUACAGUCUUGAGCGUGUUCAGCUCCAGGUUGUGUCGGCCGCACCACAGCUCCAGCCGCUCCGCUUCCUGUCGAUAUGCAGACUCGUCACCGUUCUUGAUGAGGCAGAUGACAGUGGUGUCAUCUGCAAACUUCAGGAGUUUGACAGUCUGGUUCGCUGAGGUGCAGUCGUUCGUGUAGAGAGAGAAGAGCAGAGGAGAGAAAAAAAACGUUGCUUGGAUGGCAGCAUAUGUUUCUCCAAAACCUGUAUGUACCUUUCAGGAUCAAUGGUACCUUCACAGACGUGUAAGUUACCCAUGCCAUUGCGACUAACACAGCCCCAUACCAUCACAGAUGCUGGCUUUUGAACUUUGCGUCCAUAACAGUCCGGAUGGUUCUUUUCCUCUUUGUCCCGUAGGACUCGACGUCCACAAUUUCCAAAAACAAUUUGAAAUGCUUACUCGUCGGACCACAGAAGACUUUUCCACUUUUCAUCGGUCCAUCUUAGAGAAGCCGGCGGCGUUUCUGGGUGUUGUUGAUAAAUGGCUUUUGGUUUGCAUAGUAGAGUUUGAAGUUGCACUUACGGAUGUAGCGCCGAACUGUAUUUACUGACAUUGGUUUUCUGAAGUAUUCCUGAGCCCAUGGGGCGAUGUCCUUUACACAUCGAUGUCGGUUUUGGAUGCAGUGCCGCCUGAGGGAUCGAAGGUGACGGGCAUUCAAUGUGGGUUUUCGGCCUUGCCGCUUACAUGCAGUGAUUUCUUCAGAUUCUCUGAACCUUUUGAUGAUGAUAUGGACCGUAGGCGAUAAAAUCCCUAAAUUCUUUGUAAUUGUACGUCAAGGAACAUUGUCCUUAAACUGUUGGACUAUUUUCUCACGCACUCACAAAGAGGUGAACCUCACCCCAUCUUUGCUUGUGAAUGACUGAACAAUUCAGGGAAUCACCUUUUCCAGCCAAUCAUGGCACCCACGUGUUCCCAAUGAGCCUGGUCACCUGUGGGAUGUUCCAAACACGUGUUUGAUGAGCAUUCCUCAACUUUCUGUCUUCUUGGGAACAUGCUGCAGUCAUAAAAUUCUAAUGUAAGUUAAUGAUUAUUUGCUACAAACAAUAAAGUUGAUCAAUUUG